AUGUCACAAGUCGAACCCAAGCUCCGCUUUCUCUCCAAAGAGGCCGCCAACGCAAUUAGACUCAAGGUAACCAAUGCCCUCUCCGACGCCAAGCCACCUAAACAGAACCUAUCCAAAGACGAACGCUCUGCUAUCCAGGACCUCCGACGUAACCAAGCCAUUCACAUCCUUCAGGCUGACAAGGGCAACGCCACCGUUAUCAUGGACCAAGACGCAUACGAUGACAAGAUCGAAGAGAUUCUCCAAGACAAAGACACCUACUCCAAACUCAACAGAGACCCAACUCAGGCCAACAAAAGGAAAAUCAACCAACAACUGCUGACCCUACACCGAUCCGAUGCACUACCCAAGGCACUCUACUUCCAACUCAGAUCGUCUUCAGCCAAGUCACCUAUCUUAUUCGGACAACCCAAGAUACACAAGCCUAACACUCCUCUCCGCCCUAUCAUCUCCACUCGUGGGUCACCCUGCUACAACACAGCACGCCAUCUGGCCAACAUCCUCCAACCACUCGUAGGCCAAACCCAGCACCAUGUCACCAACUCCAAGCACUUCAUAGACGUCGUCUCCAAAACCAAGAUCCGGCCCUCCGACACACUCGUCAGCUUUGAUGUCGUCUCCCUCUUCACCAGCGUACCUGUAGACCAAGCAUGUGACAUCAUCAAGCAACGCCUGAUCACCGACUCAGACCUAGCAUCCAGAACCAAUCUCACACCAGACCAGAUCCACGACCUCCUCCUCACCUGUCUCAACUCCAACUCCUUCAAAUGGCGCAACAACUACUACAAACAACUACAAGGAGCAGCCAUGGGGUCACCUCUCUCACCAAUCAUCGCUAACAUCUUCAUGGAACACUUUGAGCACCAAGCACUCAAGACUGCGGACAAACCUCCUUCACUCUGGCUCCGCUACGUCGACGACACCUUUGUCAUCUGGCCGCACAGCACACCCGACCUUCACCAGUUUCUCAACCACCUCAACAACCAGCACCCCAGCAUCAAGUUCACCAUGGAAACCCAACGCGACAACUCAAUUCCAUUUCUAGACGUUCUCAUCACUAAGACACCGUCUGGAUUCCCGUCUCACCAGGUGUACCGGAAACCUACCCACACAGACCGCUACCUCAACUUUCGCUCACACCACCACCCGUCCAUCCACCAAUCAGUCGCCAACACUCUCAUCAGACGAGCCCACCAACUCAGCGACAAGGCACACUUACAUCAAGAACUCAAGCACGUGACCAAUGCACUCACCACCAUCAACCACUACCCCAGAAGAAGGAUCAAGACUCAACCACCCAACCAUCAACCCAGCACCGACAGCACCGAAAACCCAUCCGAAACCAAGCCCGUCGCCACCAUAGUACUACCCUACAUCGGCAAGACUUCACACCGACUACAACGCAUCCUUCACUCUGCCAACAUCCUCGUCAGACACCAAUCCUCUCGAAAACUACACUCCAUCCUUCACUCUCAUAAGGACAAGCACCCAUCCAACAAACAACCAGGCGUCUACAAGAUCCCCUGCCACUGCGGUAAAGUGUACAUUGGGGAAACCGGCCGAGACUUCGACACCAGACUCAAAGAACACAAGACCCUCCACCGACGCACGCACGCCAUAAGUACCGCCGCACGCCGAGCGAACACUCACUCCUGA